AUGAAGUACCAGACUACGGCCGCCAUAGUCGCCCUGAUGGGCAUGACCUCUGCUCGCGAGCUCAACCUUGGCGGGAAGAUGGCCAAGCGCGAGGUCCCCCAGGAGCACGCUCACCAGGACAUCAUCGACAUUGUCAACACCAACCUGAAGCUCAACAACCCCCUCGAGAUUCAGGAUGCCAUCUUCUCCCUUCUCGGCAACAAGGCUGCCGCCGAGGGUGCCCCCAACGUCCAGAACCUGGACUGCCUCCAACAGAUCGUCGCCGACCAGGCCUUCACCAACGCCAAGGCCGCCAACGACCUGGCUGGUCAGGUUGCCGCCAUCCAGUUCCGCGCUCUCGAGCGUAACACCGGCAGCGUCGGCCUGGCCAGCGUUCUCUGCAACGAGACCGCCACCAACCCCGAGAUUGCUGCCAUCACCCAGCACCAGGAUCCCGCUUCCGCCGAGGCCUCGGGCAACAAGCAGAUCGCGCUUGAUGUCGCCGCUCAGCUCGCCAAGAUCGGCGCUGACCCCAACCUGGCCAUUGCCACUGGCACCUUUGCUCCCGGCCAGAUCGGCGACCCCACCGGCGCCGGUAACACCUGCGACGAUGCUAAUGAUCCUAACGGAUGCAUCAACACCCAGAAACUGCUGGUCCCUGAUGUCACCGAGGCCGAGAUCGCUCAGGCUGUCGGCGGUGCUGCCGGAGGCGCGGCUGGUGGUGCGGCCGGAGGUAACGCCAACGCCGGCAAGGGCAAGGGUAAGGGCAAGGGCAACGCCGCCGGCAAUGCGGGCAACGCUGCUGGUAAGUUGCCAUCUCAUCUGAAUUCCCAGAGCGUGGACCCCUCGACUGACUUGAAAGAAUGCGGAGCAGCUGCCGGAGGUGCCGCAGCGAACAAGGGUAACGGAAACGCAAACAACAAUGCCAACGCUGGUGCAGCCAACGGCAAUGCCAACGCUGGUGCUGCCAACGGUAACGCGAACGCUGGCAACGCGAACGCUGGCGCCAGUGCCAGUGUCAACGUCCAGACCUUCACCGGGACCCUCGGCGGUGCUCCCCCGGCGGUCAUCAGCUCGGCCGCCGACGCCAAGCGCCCCUUCUCCGUCGACGGGUCGACCUUUGUCAACGCCGGCGCCGCCCUCCAGCGCUCCUGCUCCGUCCAGCACAACAAGUGCGCCAACGCCGCCAACUCGGGCCAGCUCGCCGGCGGCGCCGCCCAGUGCGAGGCCCAGCAGAAGCAGUGCGACGCCGCCGCCGCGGGCGGUGCCGCCAAGCGCGCCAAGAAACUCCGCCAGGCCGGCCUCGACUUUGGCGACUGCUCCGACCCCGCGAUCCAGUUCGCCGCCGGCCUGGACGGCCGCAAGGAGAACUCGUUUGGGCCCGUCAACAGCGCCGACUUCAACCACGGCUCCGCGCUCAACAUCAAGGUCAUCUCGAGCUUCAUCUGCGGCCAGCUCGGCUCCAAGUGCAAGGCCGGCAAGGCGACCGUCGACGCCUGCAACGCAGCCGACAAGGCUGCCCAGGCCGCGACCGGCAAGGCUGCCGCCGAUGCGUUCAACAGUGCUCUUGGCGUUUAA